GCCACCACAGUGAGGGCACUCCUGGCACCCACUCUCCUUUCCCUGGGCUGUUCAUAGCUGUUCGCUCUCCAGCCUUACGAAACCAGCAGGCAGAAGCAACCUCUAACACAUAAACUUUGCUCAGCUGCAAGUUAUUCAUUUACAAAGGGCAGAGUACUGAGAGGGAGGAGGAGGCUGCCUCCCCACAUAACACACAAAGCCUCUCACUCACUUGGCUACCCACCUGCGUCUGCGUGGCACUUGGUUCUAACAGCAUUCACCAGCAUUAAAAGAUUCAUGAUUAACAUUUUGUGGUCGGGAAGUUUCUUUAAGGUGUCCCCAGUGCACUACAGCCCAGGCGGGAGGUGCUGCUGCCUCAGAGCCGGUGGCGGCCGUUGGCAGCUCCAAUGCGCACCGGGCCCCGCCGCCAUCUUGUGCCCUUGACUGAGAAUGCGACAGAGGUUGGCCACCGCCUCGCUGCUCCUGCUGCUGGUGGGCACUGUGCCCGCUGUGGUGGUCCCGCGGAUCCCCUGGGACGGUACUGGUGAGUGUGGUGAGCGGCCGCUCAUAGACAGGACCUCAGGAUCCCGGAUUGUAGGUGGACACGACGCCGAGGUUGGAGCAUGGCCGUGGUCAGUCAGCCUCCAGAUUCACCACGUUGGUGCAAAAUUUGCACAUAUAUGUGGUGGAACUUUAGUUAAUGAGAAUUCAGUGCUUACCGCUGGCCACUGCACUACAGGACGGAAGGACCCAUAUUUUUGGAGAGCUGUGUUGGGCACACAUAACCUUUGGAAACACGGCAAACAUGCAGCAAAAAGAAGUAUUAGAAGCAUCACUGUGCACCCAGAAUUCAACAGAGAAACAUUUGAAAAUGAUAUUGCAUUAUUUCAACUUAAUUCUGCUGUACACUACAGUUACUAUAUUCAGCCUAUCUGCUUACCUUCUGCACACAUUUACCUGUAUAUCGACCAGGAAACAGAGUGCUUUAUAAGUGGUUGGGGACGUAUAGCAGAAAAAGGUAAAACUCCAUCUGUAUUACAAGAAGCACAGGUGGAAAUCAUUCCUUAUAGUGAGUGUAACAGUUCUGAUGCAUACGGAGGCAUGAUUAACAACAACAUGAUUUGUGCUGGCUCUCUGUCAGGAGGCACUGAUACCUGUCAGGGAGACAGCGGUGGACCGUUAGCAUGCUAUCACCCUAGUGACAACAAAUUCUAUCUACUAGGGGUUACUAGCUUUGGAUUUGGCUGUGGCCGACAAAGAUACCCUGGGGUCUAUGUCCGUGUACCUCACUAUAGAAGGUGGAUAAACUCUCAACUUCUCUUGAAUUGCAAGGCUGUGAAUCCUGUGAGCAUUACACUUAUGAUCUUUCUGACUGUCAGAUGUAUAGUGUUCGUGUAGACUUUCUAAAGUGACAAACCACUGCGUCUUCAUAGCACAGGUUUGGUCUGCCUGUUAAAACUUGGCGAAGAGGAGCUAACUCAUGUUUCAGAAUAAAUCUCUGAGCAAAAAGACUUUUUUUUAAAGAAGGCAUGUUUUUAUCCAAUCUGCAUGUUUAUGUGUAUAAAACCUUAAAAAAACCAUUUUUGGAGGUGUAUUAUUUCUUGUAAAUGUAGGAACUAAAGCAAAACACAUACAAUAGUUAAUAUAUACAUCCAUUAGGAUUUUCUAGGAAUGUAAGGUUUCAAACUAUGAUAUCCCCCAUCUUUUUUGAGGUAUGAAGCAUAUUACAUGUGUAUUGUUGCUCUGAAUUGCAAAAUCUUAGCAUUCUUGCAACAAUAUGCGAUUACAUUAAGUUGGUUUUUUUCCUGUCAAAAGCUACUCUGAUGGACAUGUAUGAAGACACAGUAACAUAAUAGUUUUAGGCUAUAAGCAUGAAAUCUAGCUAAUUAAAAACAUUUACCAGUACUUCCAAGUACGUGUCCUAAAAGUUUGCAAUUUUAUUAUCAUAUUUUCUGUCUUCUGUCUUUAAUAUCCAUGCUGACAAGUAGAGGGAAUGAUAACAGCCUUGACCCUAAUAAUGGAAAUGAAUAUUGAAAUUUUACUUACUGAAAAUAUUUUUUCUUACCUUAUUUCUAGCUUUCAGAAGCUUAGGUAUUACUUAAUACUACUACCACG